UACAGUGCGUGAGGAGGAACCUAUCGCGCAUAUCUGUGUCCGACUCGUGCUUUAAACGCUAACAUAACACAUGUGCGUUAGAGGACUAUCUUUCGGGAUUUUGAUCUAAAGUGAACAAACGUUUUUGUCCGCAUUAUCAUUUGUGGACAGUCAUUUCUCAACGUUAUCCUCGCUUUGAGAUAAUCGACGGAUCUGCCUUUUAUCCUUGGUAUUUCAAGCUUUCCUUUUACGCAUUUGGACGCAUUAUUUUUUUUACAAACGAGCAAUAAUGUUGCUCUCCAAAUUCGGUUCAUUUUCCCAUAUUUGCAGCACAUCCAACAUGGAUUUAACGGUGAAAAUACAGCAAGUGAAAUUGGAGAAAGAGUCAUUCGAUAAAUUAUAUCAAGUGGGGUCCGUACUCGGAAGUGGGGGAUUCGGUACCGUCUACGCCGGUAGUCGGAUUUCAGACGGUUUGCCGGUUGCUGUAAAACAUGUAGCCAAAGAGAGAGUUACGGAAUGGGGAACCUUUAACGGUUCCCUAGUGCCCCUGGAAAUUGUUCUCUUGAAAAAAGUAGGCACUACUUUCCAAGGUGUCAUAAAGCUGAUCGAUUGGUAUGAGCGACCCGAUGGCUGGUUGAUAAUCAUGGAACGACCGGAGAUAGUCAAGGAUUUGUUUGACUAUAUAACUGAGAAGGGGGCCUUGGACGAAGACACGGCGCGUGGAUUUUUUCGUCAAGUCUUGGAAGCAGUACGACAUUGUUACAGUUGUGGAGUGGUCCAUAGGGACAUCAAAGAUGAGAACCUCCUCGUUGAUCUACAAAGCGGAGACGUCAAACUGAUUGACUUUGGUUCGGGGGCGAUUCUCAAGGACACGGUUUACACAGACUUUGACGGGACAAGGGUGUACAGUCCUCCAGAGUGGAUCCGGUUCCAUAGGUACCAUGGGCGCUCAGCAACAGUGUGGUCGCUUGGUGUGCUACUGUACGACAUGGUGUGUGGUGACAUCCCUUUCGAACAAGAUGAGGAGAUUCUCCGGGGACGCCUGUUCUUCAGGAGGAAAAUAUCCACUGAGUGUCAGCAGCUGAUCAAGUUGUGCCUCUGCCUCAGGCCCUCUGACAGACCCACAUUGGAGCAGAUCUUUGAUCACCCAUGGAUGCGUGCCACAACUAAUGACUCAAAAACAGAGGGGUGUGACAUUACGCUGCACAAAAUUAGCCCUGACUCCUCAUCAAGCACAAAUUCAAGCAAAGAGAGCCUCUGAUCAGAAAACCAUGUUUUACAAGGGGAUAUUUGCAGACCUGCGGAUUUCUGGUUCCCCUGUCUCACUAGAACCGAGUUAACAGGACUUGUGCGUUUUGUUAGCAACUGUAAUUCAUGGUUUUCCUCUAACUCAGUCAAAGUUAUUUAGAGGAAUGUUUCUUCACACAGGAACUUGUUACUUGGGUGGAUUGACCAGUAUUAUUUUAUUUAAAGAAAAACAACAAUGUUUUGCUGGUUUAUGUUCUCUGUAGCCCCCAUUAUAUCCAGAUAUCCUGGCAGCUCUUAUAGAGCUGGAAUAUUGUUUUGGUAUUUUUUUAUUGAUUUAGAGUGCCUUGUUUUAAAGCUGCUUUGGUGUGGCCCUAGUCAUAUGAACCUGUCGUUGGUUUUUUCUGUUGCUCAAGAAAUACGAUGACCUGAGUAACGCCAUCUCGCAAAGCGUCAGCGCCAGGCUCAUGUAAUACACAGGAUCCCGCCCACCGACAUGGUGGGAUACUUGAAACGUACACUUAUCCACACUACAACUCUCUGCUGCUCUUUCACUAUAAAUGCCUCACAGCUGUGCAGACAUUUGUUCAUCUGUUUCUCUGAAUGUGUAGUGAAAGCAUCAAAACCUCUCAAAGGCUUCAUAGGGUUCCAUACACUGAGCCCUCCUUGUGUUUCUGUAUUCCAUCUCAGCUGACUACACAGCCCCGAUCUUGGCUAAGCUAAGAACUGUGUUUGAAAUGCACAAUCAAUGCAAUAUUCAUGGACACUUUCUUUCUUUCCUUUUUUUUUUUUUUUUUUUUUACUAAUUUUUGACAAUUAUUUGUAUAUUUAUGUACAUUCUCCCAUGUAAAUUAUUUAUUUGUUCUAAGCAUUCCACACUCAGUGGCUAUUUAUUUAUUUAUUUUAUAUCAAUUCAAGGAAAACCCAAAAUUAAAAUUAUACAUGGCC